AUGACAAUGAUUAGGUCCUCAACAAUAUUUGUAAUUAUUUUAAGCUACAUUGUUUCAGUAAAAGGUGAUCCAAAGCUUACUAUCAUCAACAACUGUCCUUAUCCUAUUUGGCCAGCUUACCAAGUUGGCGCCGGACAAACUGUACCCAAAAAUGGAGGAAGCGGAGCGUUAAAUAAGGGACAAAGUGUUUCAUUCACAGUUAAUCCAAAAUUGUCAGCAUUGAGAAUUUGGGCAAGGACAGGGUGUAAUAAAGAUGCAACUAGUUGUACAACUGGAAUUUGCAGAGGACGUGGUAUUGAAUGUAAAGGCACCGGAGGGGAACCACCAAUGUCAUUGGCAGAAUUCACUUUUGGUACUAAUGCCGGUGAUUUCUACGAUGUUAGCUUAGUUGAUGGUUUCAAUACACCUGUAGAAAUUGUGCCAGUUGGAGGAAAUGGACCAAAAUGUAAAAAGAUCAAUGCAUGUGAUCUUAGAAAAGUUGCUUCUAAAUUGCCACAACAAAUGGUCAAGAAGGAUAAUAGAGGGGUAAGACUCUUAUCCCGGCCAAUUAUAAAGGGGUUAAGGGGGUAUAACUAA